UCCGGCUGAUGUCACAUACACAUACUUCUGAGACGUUGCUAAAAUUUGUCUCCAGCUCAAAGCGGUGUCGUCGUCUGUUGACUCAUGCCUGGAACGUCACCCAGGUGCAUUACUUCAAAGUAUUUUCUACUUCAGGGCUACAAGAAUGAAGAAUCUAGCGGUGGCUGUAUAUCAGUUGGGAGUUAAUAAAUGCAGGAUACAUUACUAGACGUGGAAUUAGUGAGGCCAAAGUAAAGGCGUGAUUUUAAGUUCAAUGGGAGACAUUUGUUUCUUUUGUUAAAAUGACACUUAUGGGGCGGUGUUCCAUAUAGCAGAUCAGACACUGACUGGGAUACCUGUAACCCAAUCAGAGUGCCUGGUUGCAGGAACCGCUCCAUUCCCAGCGCCAGCUCCUUGCUCACACACACACUAAGAGCCAGCAGGUCAUCCAUGUGGGAUGGCUGGAUUGAGCGCCAGCCCGCAGAUUCUGCCUGGUCCUGGCUCUCCUGUGAGGGCAUGUGUGAAGCUACUGAAGGGAGAUGCAUCCCCACCCCUCUCUCUCCACCUCCCCUCAUCACUCCGUCUCACUGCCUUUCAACAUAUUAGAUAAGUGAAGGUAUAACACAGUGUCAAGAUGUGUGUGUGUAUGUUUAAAACAGUAAUAUUUUAGGGAUCGCUGAGAGGUGCCAUUCCGCAUAAACCCAGGGUCCAUGGGAGUUGCAUUUCCCACUUCUGACCUCUGGGCAGGGCUGGGUUUCCAAGCACUCACCUGUGUGGAGAGGAAUGCUGCAUUUGUGUUUUAGCUUUCCUAGCACAAGCCUCUGUGAGGACACUCACAAUGUUUAAAGUGACUUAGGUGCUUGUAUGGCAUUAUUUUCUGUGAAAUGCUUCUUCAAAGUAAUUGGCUGCUUUCAUUUUGUUACAGAUCCUCCUAGCCUAAUGCAUUGAAAAAACAAAACAUUAAACAAGGUAGACGUUCGAUUGUCUUGAACAAUCGUCCUAAUUCUCCAGACUGUGUCGUUACGGCCGCCCACAGUGCACAGGAGUGCUUUAAUACGCACCAACAUUAACUCAAAUCUUGCAACACAGCAAACAGUAAGUCUGAUGAUGCGGGGUGCUCCUGUCAGUGUGGGUAACUGUUCCUGGCAGGAGAGAUGGACAGAACCAAUGACAGCAGCCUUGGGGACUUCAUCCUGGUGGGCUUCUCCCACCACCCCCUUCUGGAGAGGGUCCUGUUUGCGGUCAUCCUGAUCGCCUAUGUGCUGACCCUGGUGGGCAACAGCGCCAUCAUCCUGGUGUCCCGGCUGGACCCGCACCUGCACACCCCCAUGUACUUCUUCCUCACCCACCUGUCCUUCCUGGACCUGAGCUUCACCAGCAGUUCCAUCCCCCAGCUGCUCUACAACCUGAGUGGGCAGGACAAGACCAUCAGCUAUGGGGGCUGCUCCAUGCAGCUCUUCCUGUUCCUGGCGCUGGGGGGCGUGGAGUGCCUGCUCCUGGCCGUCAUGGCCUACGACCGCUUCGUGGCCAUCUGCAGGCCCCUGCACUACUUGGCGAUGUUGAGUCCCAGGCUCUGCCUGGGGCUGGUGUCCAUGGCCUGGGGCUGUGGGGUGGCCAACUCCCUGGCCAUGUCUCCAGUGACCCUGAGCCUGCCACGCUGCGGGCACCGGCAUGUGGACCACUACCUGUGUGAGAUGCCGGCCCUCAUCCGCAUGGCCUGUGUGGACACGGCAGCCGUGGAAGGCAGCGUCUUUGUCCUGGCGGUGGGCAUCGUGCUGUGCCCCCUGGCGUUCAUCCUGGUCUCCUAUGGCUACAUCCUGAGGGCAGUGUUAAGGAUGCACUCCUCCUCGGGAAGGCACAAAGUCUUCAACACCUGCGGCUCGCACCUGACAGUGGUGUCGCUGUUCUACGGGAACAUCGUCUACAUGUACAUGCAGCCGGGCCGUGGCAGCUCCCAGGAGCAGGGCAAGGUGCUCACCCUCUUCUAUAACAUCGUCACGCCCCUGCUCAACCCCCUCAUCUACACCCUCAGGAACAAGGAGGUGAAGGGGGUGCUGAGCAGGCUGGUUUUGGCAAAACUAAGCUUCAGGAAGAAGUUGUAAUAAGAGGCACAGAGAUGAAGUGCUGUGUACAGAACAUGGGAGCUUUCAUUCUUUUACCGUGAUUUCCAUCAACAGCAUCUGUGCGACUUUGGCAGAGUUCAACAGAGACAUGUGGCCACUCUCAGCUUUCUUCUGCAUGAAUCACUCUGGGCCAUGUGAAUUCUGACAUUCAAAGCCAGCACCCCUGGGUGUGAGCUCUAGGGCCUGUGCUGGUCUAAGGGGGGGUUCCCCAUAACCCCCAGGGCUGGGUGGGCUCUCAUCAGUGUGCAAAGGAGAGAGAGGAAUGUGGAAGUGGGGGUUCUCACCUGCACUUCCAGAGAUGCUAAACCAUCACUUGAGAAGUGAAAAUUCCACUUCGAUUGCCCAGUGUUUUCAAUAUUUAAUUUGUAAUUACUUGAAAGGUAGAGUUAGAGAGAGAGGAGCAAGUGUAGACUGUGCAGUGACGGGUCUCGUUCCAGAUCAGAGACCAUUUUGAUGAGAUUCAGCAUAAAGGCAGCAGUGUCACUGAAAUCUGUGGGGGACUGCCACACUUAUGUCCCAUUCCAGAGCGCCUGGGUCUGAGAUCAGCUUCGUUCGGGACUCCAGCUUCCUGCCCGGGCACAGCCUGGGACACAGCCUGUGUGAGUGAGGGCGCAGCGUGCCUGGGACUGAGUCCCACCUCCACGUUCAUUCCAGCUUCCUGCUGAGGCAACCAGAAGGCAGCAGCUGAUGCUCCCAACAGCCGUGUCGGAGACCCCACACAUCCUGGGUGUCCUGGCGUCAGCCUGGCCCAGCCCUAGCUGGAUCAGGCAUCAGGGAGUGAACCAGUGGCUGGGGGAUCUGUGUGUCUGUCUGUUUCUCUCUCUGCCUCUGUUUCUGCCU